AUGAGGGAGGAAGAUUUCCUAAACUCCAUCGAGGACUUGACGGGGCGAGUUGCCAUUGUUACUGGAGGCGCAAAAGGCAUCGGCCUCGAGACAAGUGUCUAUCUGGCCCUUAAAGGUGCCACAGUCUACAUAGCCGCUCGCGACAGCGAGGGUACACUCGCCGGUAUAGAAGAUGUGCGCGAACGACUGAAAGAGAAAUGCGCUCCCAACGAUAAUCUUGAUACAGAAUCAAGGAUUAAAUAUCAUGAACUUGACUUGGGAUCAAUGCACAAGGCAUGGAAAUCAGCAAGGGAAUUCGCGCGGAACGAAGGUCGAUUGGAUAUAUUAGUUUGCAAUGCAGGCGUAUCAAUGACGACGAUGCAGCAAUUGUCGCCGGAUGGGUUUGAUACGAUGUUUACUGUUAACCAUUUGGGCCAUUUUGCGUUUACGGCUGGAUUGUUAGAUCUGAUCAAACAAACCUCAGAAACGACCCAAGACGGCCGCAUCGUCUUCACAAACUCCAAUGCCUACAAACUAGCUACUAAACUAGACUACGAAAAGCUUACGACUACAAUCCCCAAUGACGGACACAGACUCAAAGACGUCUCAAACGCAUUCAAGCGCUAUAGCGAAUCCAAACUUGCCGCCCUAUACGGCGUCCUCGAACUCUCUCAUCGCCUCCACAACCAACUCGGCCUUACGAAUAUCUAUAUAAACAGCUGCCACCCCGGAAACGCCAUCGGCACAGCUUUGGGACAAGGUCAUCAAAAGGGCGUCAACCAGACAUUGGAAAGAAUUGUUCGCGCCGGUUUACAAGUUACGAUUGGAAAUUCGACGGCGGACUCAGCGAAGACGCAGGUCUAUCUUGCUGGUAGUCCGUAUGUCAGGGAGAACGAUACGAAUGGAGAGUUUUGGUUGCCGAGAUUUUCGUUGAUGGGGAAGGCGUAUAAGGGUUGUGCGAGGGAGGAGUAUACCGCGUUGGCGAAGGAUGAGGACGAAAGAAGGAAGUUGUGGGAUGUCACGAUAGAGGCGUUUAGGAAGGCGGUUGGUGAGGAUGAGAUUGAUUCUGUUGAUAUUGCCAAGAGGCUUGUCCAAUAG